CACACCUUCAACCCUGGGCCAAAUAUAUUCGUUAGCCAACACUAAAACCAUAUUUUUUUGUACGGGCGUAAUUAGAAAGCAGCUAAUAAACUUAAUUUCCACGUCCUAUCCACCACAACACUUAACACACUCGCCCGGUACCAAGCGCGGCCAAUAAGUUUCCCACCGGAAAAGCCGCGCGCAAUCCUCCCGACAAGCCCAGAAACUUAUAAAACUACGUCGCCAUUUAAACACGAAAUCGAAAACACAAACACACACCCAAAAGUACCCCGAGAGCUGAGAAAAACGCCAAAGAGCGAGCGAACCGUAGUGUGGUGUGGUUACGUCUAGGAAUAGUAUAUUAUUAGCGUUAUUAGUGGCCAAUAAAGCGGAGCCGAGAACCCUUGAUUUUCCACUGCACGCAGGAGACGACAACGACGACGUGUCCACCAUUUCGUUACUUUAUUAUACGGAGUAGUGACGAACAACUGUGAUCUCCAUAUCCCCCCUCCAUUAAGCAGAACCAUGGCCAAGACCUACGACUACCUGUUCAAGCUGCUGCUGAUAGGCGACUCUGGUGUGGGCAAGACCUGCAUCCUAUUCCGCUUCUCCGAGGACGCCUUCAACACGACGUUUAUAUCCACGAUAGGUAUCGAUUUUAAAAUUAGAACAAUUGAAUUAGAUAACAAAAAAAUAAAGCUGCAAAUAUGGGACACUGCCGGCCAGGAGCGUUUUCGCACAAUCACCACGGCCUACUACAGAGGUGCCAUGGGCAUCAUGCUGGUCUAUGACAUAACUCAGGAGAAGUCCUUCGAAAAUAUCAAGAACUGGAUCAGGAACAUUGAGGAGAACGCCUCCGCCGAUGUCGAGAAAAUGCUGCUGGGAAACAAGUGUGAACUGACCGAUAAGCGACAGGUUUCAAAGGAGCGAGGCGAACAAUUGGCUAUCGAGUAUGGCAUCAAGUUUAUGGAGACCUCCGCGAAAGCCAGCAUCAACGUGGAAGAAGCCUUCCUCACCCUCGCCAGUGAUAUCAAAGCGAAAACGGAAAAGCGAAUGGAGGCUAACAACCCACCCAAGGGCGGCCAUCAGCUGAAACCCAUGGACAGUCGGACGAAGGACAGUUGGCUGUCCAGAUGCAGUCUGCUUUGACGUGGCAACGUGCGCUCGGCACUGAUGCGGCAUGGUGGAAACAACGAUAGUGUAUGUGGUAGUAGUUUUCUUAAUUCCUGUUAGGUUCGGAAACCCUCCACACCGAGAUCGAACACAGUGUGGACAUCAAAGUCAACACGAACAUCAACAGCCAGCUGCCCCCCCUCAUAAUGGAACAAUAACACGUAAAUGCAUUAUGAAAGAGUUAUUAAAUAAAAGUAUAUGACGGCAGUGCGUACGAAAUAUGAAUAGGUAUAAAAUAAUAUAUUGAUAUAAAUAUAUACGUAUAUAACUCAAGUUUAAAUGAUCCAGCAAGAAAAGAAAAACAAAAGAUAAAAGUGUGAAAUGCAGCCAAUCCAACCCGCCCGCGUCUUUCUCGAAGAGGUUUUUUAGUAUUUACGGAGUUAUGAUUUUCUCUAGCAGCCAUGGUUGUUGUCGAUUUGUAAAUUAUUAAUUGUAAAAGGAAAAUAUAUAUGUAUAUGUACGCAUAUGAUUAGUUCCACCCAUCCUUGUUUGCUCAUUGCUCAUUGCAUAUGUGUAAUUUUUUGAUCAAUUUACGUUUAACGAGACCCUCCACCCUUUGCCAUUUUGUUAGGAAUAACGAGGAUGUCCAGACGCACAAUUACCCAACACAUAUGUACGCCUCGAAUUCUGUGUCCCCCUCCCCCCAAGAUCCAUACAGCCGAAAAUCUUAUUAAAACUAUAUCAUAUAUGUAUGUGGUAGUUUCGCACUGCUGAGGGUGCUUAUUAUAUUCUUAAUCUUCACACACAUUUCAUUUUAUAAGUUUGUACUGUAUUUAUUAUGUUUUUUUGUCGCACACCUAACGACUAUGUCCAAUAAUCAUAAUCGAUCAUUAUCGAAGAUUUGCGAACGAAACGAAAUUGAAAUUAAAUUAAAAAGAUAUAAAAAAAAACACAUACACAGCGCAGUAAAGUACAUAGUGUGAAAUUAAAUGAUAACUAAUUGCAUAUUUGAUAUUAAUUAAUUACUUGUAAUAUUAAUGAUUAAACGUAUACAAUUUUAUAAAAAUAAAUCAUGUGCAAAACAAA